GCACUUUUCCCCGCCGCAUCCUCCGCAUCCUCAGGCCGGGGGGACGGCCCCGCCUCUCACACCUCCCACCCCCCUGCAAAGCCCCGCAACGCCCUCGGAGGACGCAGCCAUGUCCGACAAAAGCGACCUAAAAGCCGAGCUGGAACGCAAGAAGCAGCGCUUGGCUCAGAUCCGGGAGGAGAAGAAGAGGAAGGAAGAGGAGAGGAAGAGGAAAGAGGCGGAACUCCAGCUAAAGAAGGAGCCCAUCCAAGAGGACUCGGAUUUGGACCGCAAGAGGAGGGAGACUGAGGCUCUGCUGCAGAGCAUCGGGAUUUCAUCCGAGCCGCCUCUAGUUCUGACCCCUCUGUCUCCCUCCUCGAAAUCAGAGAGUACGCCCAGCGAUGCUGGCAGCCAGGACUCCGGGGACCUGGGACCCCUGGCCAGGACACUGCAGUGGGACACGGACCCCUCGGCUUUGCAGCUUCAGUCGGACACGGAUCUCGGACACCGGCUGCACAGAUUGGGAGUGUCCAAGCUGACCCAGGCCGACUUCCUGCCCCGGGAGCUGGUGACCUACUCCAAGGAGACCCAGACCCCUCUGACGGCCUUCCAGUCCGCCGCCGAAGAGGAUGAGGAGGAUGAGGAGUUGGUGGAGGCGAAGGACGGACGCGACUCAGACGUGGAAAACCAGGAGCAGAAGCCAGAGGUGGAAGAAGCACUCCCCAGGGAGCUGACCGAAGAGGAAAAACAGCAGAUUCUCCAUUCGGAAGAAUUCCUGAUCUUCUUCGACCGGACGAUCCGGGUCAUGGAGCGGGCGCUGGCCGAGGACUCGGACAUCUUCUUUGACUACAGUGGCCGGGAGCUGGAGGAGAAAGACGGGGACGUCCAGGCCGGGGUCAACCUCUCUUUCCAUCGCCAGUUCUACGACGAGCACUGGUCCAAGCAUCGCGUGGUCACCUGCAUGGACUGGUCCGUGCAGUACCCCGAACUGAUGGUGGCCUCUUACAACCACAACGAAGACACGCCCCAUGAGCCAGAUGGGGUGGCCUUGGUUUGGAACAUGAAGUUUAAGAAAACCACCCCAGAAUACGUCUUCCACUGCCAGUCGUCCGUCAUGUCCGUCUGCUUCGCCCGCUUCCACCCCAACCUGGUGGUGGGCGGCACCUACUCCGGACAGAUCGUCCUCUGGGACAACCGAAGCCACCGAAGGACCCCCGUCCAGCGCACCCCACUCUCCGCCGCCGCGCACACGCACCCCGUCUACUGCGUCAACGUCCUGGGGACCCAGAACGCCCACAACCUCAUCACCGUCUCCACGGACGGAAAGAUGUGCUCCUGGAGCCUGGAUAUGCUGUCCUUCCCACAGGAGAGCAUGGAGCUGGUCUACAACAAGUCCAAGCCGGUGGCCGUGACGGGCUUAGCCUUCCCCGCCGGCGACGUCAACAACUUCGUGGUGGGCAGCGAGGAGGGGACCGUCUACACCGCCUGUCGCCACGGCAGCAAAGCGGGCAUCGGCGAGGUCUUCGAAGGCCACCAGGGACCGGUGACGGGAAUCAACUGCCACAUGGCCGUGGGCCCCGUCGAUUUCUCCCACCUGUUCAUCACGUCCUCGUUCGACUGGACGGUCAAGCUGUGGACGCCCAAGCACAACAAGCCGCUGUACUCCUUUGAAGACAGCGCGGACUACGUAUACGACGCCAUGUGGUCUCCCGCGCAUCCCGCACUCUUCGCCUGCGUGGACGGCAUGGGCCGCCUCGACCUCUGGGACCUCAACAGUGACACCGAGGUGCCCACGGCCAGCGUGGCCAUCGAGGGGGCAUCGGCCCUGAACCGCGUGCGCUGGGCGCAGACCGGGAAGGAGGUGGCCGUUGGGGACUCCGAGGGCCGGAUCUGGGUCUACGACGUGGGAGAGCUGGCCAUCCCGCGCAGCGACGAGUGGAACCGCUUUGCCCGCACGCUGGCCGAGAUCCGCGCCAACAGGGCGGACAGCGAGGAGGAGGGGGCCGUGGAGCUCUGCGCGUAGCCGGCCUCACCCCGUCCCCCCCGCCCUGGGGGUCUCCAGCCAGUAGGCCUCCCCGCUUCCCCCGGCCCCUCUCCCCAGUCUGCCCUGUUCGGUGUCGGUCCCGUGAUGCCCGCCCCUGCCAACCGCUCCAGCCCGUUUCCGACCGAGUGGCCCUUGAGCUGAGCAGACCCCGCGGUAGCCCCCAGACGGUGUACGAACCGCCCAUUUUGGGGGGACGGAGGAGGGCGGGAUGACCACCCUCCACCCACCCCCCCCGGCCGAGCCCGGCCCCGAUUCCCAGCCUGCCAAUAAAGUGUGCCAUGCUUGUGCUGCA